GCGGCAGCCUCGCCCUGCUCCUGCUUCUGCCUCUCACUCGGAGCGCAGCCUUUGAGCGCGGAGGACGCGUCGAGGGACGGAGGCGCGCUUGCCCUGCCAUGGCCGGGGAGAACGGCACCCUGUCUGCCUCCUCCUCGUCGUCGUCGUCGUCGUCCUCCCCGUCGUGGGCAGGGGGCGAAGGCUCCCCGGCGGCGGGGGGACCGUGGCCGGUGUCUCCGGGGUGGAGCGCGGGGCUGAGCUGGGCGGCGGGGCUGGGCCUGGGCGCGGCCAUGCUGGGCCUGGGCUGCGCGGUGGAGCUGGGGGCGCUGGGGGCGCAGCUGCGCCGCCCGCUGGGCCUGCUCCUGGCGCUGCUCUGCCAGUUCGGCCUCAUGCCGCUCCUGGCCUUCCUCCUGGCCCUGGCCUUCGCCCUCGACGAGGUGGCCGCCCUGGCCGUGCUGCUCUGCGGCUGCUGCCCCGGAGGGAACCUCUCCAACCUCAUGGCGCUCCUCGUCGACGGGGACAUGAACCUCAGCAUCAUCAUGACCACAUCCUCCACUUUGCUGGCUCUGGUCCUGAUGCCGCUUUGCCUGUGGGUCUACAGCCGGGCCUGGAUUGACACGCCGCUCGUGCGCCUCUUGCCUCUGGGUGCCGUCACCCUGACCUUGUGCAGCACCCUGCUCCCCAUCGGCCUCGGGGUGUUCAUCCGCUACAGAUACAGCCGGGUGGCAGACGUCCUGCUUAAGGUGUCUUUGUGGUUUCUCCUGUUGUCCCUGGUGAUCCUUUUCAUUCUCACGGGUACCAUGCUGGGUCCAGAACUGCUGGCCACUAUUCCUGCCACUGUCUAUGUAGUAGCCGUGCUGAUGCCCUUGGCGGGAUAUGGCUGCGGUUAUGGCGUAGCGUCCUUAUUCCGUUUGCCACCCCACUGUAAGAGGACAGUGUCAUUGGAGACCGGAUGCCAGAACGUACAGCUUUGCACCGCUAUACUCAAGUUGACUUUUCCUCCAGAGCUCAUUGGGCCCAUGUACAUGUUUCCCUUAAUGUAUGCCCUCUUCCAGGCAGCAGAAGCUGGCCUGAUUGUAUUAAUCUACAAGAUAUAUGGCAAAGACUCUUAUAAGCAAGAACCUCUAGUGGGUGAAGACGAAGAUACAGACAUUUCUUACAAGAAACUCAAGGAAGAAGACGUGCCAGAGACUUCCUAUGGCACAGUGAUUGCUGAGGGCCAUGAUUCAAUGCAGAUGGAACCAACACAGACUGCUCUGUAGAGGAAGGAAGUAUCUGGGAAAUCCCAUUUUAAGACCAGCAUAGCAGACUGGUUAACCAGGGAAAGAAGAUGUAUGGAGAGAGGACAACAGUGUUAACCAGUUGCUGUAAUCUUGAUUUCCUCAGUUUACAUGGUUUGCAACCAAAUCUGUAUUUUUCUCCACAUAUAAUAAUUCAGAACCACUGCAGCUACUAUUGCAGAGGAUCAUAAAUCGCCAUUGAUGUAACACAGAGAUAACGAACAAGCAACAGGGUUACACAUAGAAAUGAGGGACCUUUUAAGGCAACGUGGAAGAUUUGGAGGAAAGAUAAGUAGCACAAGGAUGAAACAGUGACCAUUUUUGUCAAAUGUAAUUGAAUGUCAUCAACCACAUUUGCCGUUUCAAAAAUCCAAAGUCGUGUAUCUUGCAUAUUGUUCAGCUUUUAUGUAUGUGGAAGGGUCGAACUAAUGUGUAUAAUGAUCGGUAAUUAAAUUUCUUCCAAACAUAUUAAGGUAUUAGGAGGUUGAAUGAGAGACUGCCUGCGUCAUCUAAUUGAGAUUAGAGCAACCAGUUGUUUUGAGGGAAUGAAGAAUUAUGAGACCUCUUUUCGUUCUGAAACAAAUUUCCAAUUGAGUUGGAGCUCUAAAAAUAGUUUCUACUUCUCCAACAUGUCAGCCAAGGGUCUUUUCUAGCUCUGUUGCACAAGAGAUGCCUUAGUUUAGGGAUGGGCAAAAUGCAGCCUAGCAUAGAUUGCAAAUCCUAGCAUUUGUCAAUACUAACUAUUUAGGGCUGAUGGGAAUUGGAGUCUAACUUCAUUUGGAGGGUUGCACUUUGCACCAUUACAACCACUUUAACUGAAGAUACCAAAAGGUGGAAAGGUCAUAGUGGUAUCUAAAUUAUGUCUAGGAGAUUCCAUCUGAACAUGAGGAAGAACUUCCUGACUAUGAGAGCUGUUCAGCAAUGGAACUCUCUGUCCCGGAGUGUGGUGGAGGCUCCUUCUUUGAAGGCUUUUAAACAGAGGCUGGAUGGCCAUCUAUCGGGGGUGCUUUGAAUGCGAUUUUUCUGCUUCUGCGCAGGGGGGUGGACUGGAUGGCCGACAAGGUCUCUUCCAACUCUAUGAUUCUAUGAUUCUAUUUUUCUAAAUGACUGGAAGUUUCCUGUGAAGUUUCCAUACUAACAGCCAAAGUAACUGCAUGGGAAUCAAGCCUAGGUUUUCUUGGUCACAAAGGGUAUUCAUCAGAUAGUAAAUUCCCAUUUUAAUGGAAUUUAGGACCCUUCCAGACAGGCCCUAUAUCACUAGGAUCUGAUCCCAGGUUUCUGCUUAAAACUGAAUUAUACGAGUCCACACUGCCAGAUAAUCUGGGAUAAACAGAAAACCUGGGAUCAGAUCCUGGGAUAUAGGGCCUGUCUGGAAGGGGCCUUACUGAGAUUUACUUAAGUUACUAUAGUAAAAUGCCUACUCAGUAGUACAUCCAGUGGCUUUAAAUGGCAUUUACUCCCAGGUAAGUAUGUAUAGAUCUUUUGAGCUGGGGUAAAAGAAAACAUAAUACCCAGAAGUCUCCAUACAUAGAAAAAAAAUAACAAACUCAUAUAUUAUUAUAUUAUACUAUGUGACACUAUUUUUGUUCCUGGGUUACAAAUGUCAUUUCCUAGUUGGUCCUAUUAUUAAAACAUGGGAAAAGUU